CCUUGCUGUUGGUGGCUGGGCUGCUUCUUCCAUGACUUUCUGCACUUAGACCAGGCUGUGCCUUAGCCAAUCGAUACAGAUCGGCCUUCCUUCACAGUGAGGGGCUCCUUCUCCCCUCCAUCCCCCUUUCUGUGUGACACCAGUUCCCACCAAACCCGUGGCAUCUUCCUGCCUUGCGCCCUCUCUCCCCCCGUGCGGGGCCUUCACAACCAUGGAUGACUCAGAAGUGGAGUCGACUGCCAGUAUACUUGCCUCCGUCAAAGAGCAGGAGGCACAAUUUGAGAAGCUGACACGGGCGCUGGAGGAGGAGCGGCGCCAUGUCUCUGCGCAGCUGGAGCGCGUCCGUGUCUCCCCACAGGAUGCCAGCCAGACCAUGGCCAACGGCACCCUCACCCGCCGGCACCAGAACGGCCGCUUUCUGGGCAAUGCUGACCUGGAGAGGCAGAAAUUCUCAGAACUGAAACUCAACGGACCACAGGACCACAGUCACCUCAUAUACAGCACCAUUCCCAGAAUGCAGGAUCCAGGACAAAUUGUGGAAGAGACUUACACAAUGGAGGAAGACCCAGAGGGUGCCAUGUCUGUUGUUUCUGUAGAGACCUCAGAUGAUGGAACAACUCGCCGUACAGAAACCACAGUGAAGAAGGUGGUGAAGACCAUGACCACACGCACAGUACAGCAGGUACCUGUUGGUCCAGAUGGGUUACCUGUAGAUGGCUCUCCAGUCACCAACAACUACAUCCAGACCAUGGAUAGGAACUUCAGGAAAAACACCAAUGGUGGUCCUGGUGCCUACAUGAGCCAGCCAGGCACGGCCACCCUUCCUCGAAACUACCACUACCCAGAUGGUUAUGGCCGCCCUUAUGAAGAUGGCUACCAUGGUAGUGAACACAACUAUGGUAGUUUGUCCCGCGUGACCCGUAUCGAUGAGCGCUAUCGCCCCUCCAUGGAUGGCUACCGAGCCCCUAGCCGUCAAGAUGUCUAUGGGCCCCAGCCUCAGGUGCGAGUUGGGGGAAGCAACAUGGACUUGAACCGCUUCCAUGCAGAACCCUAUGGGUUGGAGGAUGACCAGCGCAGUAUGGGGUAUGAAGACCUGGAUUAUGGCACAAUGAAAGACUAUAGUACAGCCAGACGGACUGGGACUCCUUCUGACCCCCGCCAGAGGCUUAGGAGUUAUGAGGACAUGUUAGUGGACGACUUGGGUAGAGACCAGUAUUACUGGGCUCCACUGGCCCAGCAUGAGAGAGGCAGCUUAGCAAGCCUAGACAGCCUGCGGAAAGGAGGGCCACCACCAGCCAACUGGCGCCAGCCUGAGCUCCCCGAGGUGAUAGCCAUGCUAGGGUUUCGUCUGGAUGCGGUGAAGGCCAAUGCCGCAGCUUAUCUGCAACACUUGUGCUACCGUAACGACAAGGUGAAAACGGACGUGCGUAAGCUGAAGGGCAUUCCUGUUCUAGUGGGGCUGCUGGACCACCCCAACAAGGAGGUUCACUAUGGCGCAUGUGGGGCCCUCAAGAACAUCUCCUUUGGCAAGGACCAGGACAACAAGAUCGCCAUCAAGAACUGUGACGGCGUCCCUGCGCUGGUGCGGCUGCUGAGGAAGGCACGUGACCUGGACCUCACUGAAGUUAUUACAGGUACGCUCUGGAACCUCUCUUCUCAUGACUCGAUAAAGAUGGCCAUUGUGGAUAAUGCCUUACAUGCCCUCACGGAUGAGGUCAUCAUUCCACGCUCUGGGUGGGAGAAGGAGCCCAGCGAAGAUUCCAAGCCCCGCCACAUCGAGUGGGAGUCGGUGCUCACCAAUACCAUUGGCUGCCUCAGAAAUGUCAGCUCAGAGAGGAGUGAAGCCCGUCGAAAGCUGCGGGAGUGUGACGGACUGGUGGAUGCUCUUAUAUACAUUGUCCAGUCAGAAAUUGGCCAGAAAGAUUCCGACAGCAAGCUUGUGGAAAACUGUGUCUGCCUCCUGAGGAACUUGUCAUAUCAAGUGCAUCGUGAGAUACCAAAUGCAGAGAACUAUAAGGAGGUUCCCCUCAACGUUGCCAACAACACAGGCCCCCAUGCUGCCAGCUGCUUUGGUGCCAAAAAAGGCAAAGAUGAGUGGUUCUCAAGAGGUAAAAAACUAACAGAGGAUCCUUCUGCUGACAUAGUGGACUUCCCCAAAAGACAAACACCCGCAAAAGGUUAUGAACUUCUCUUCCAGCCAGAAGUUGUCCGCAUAUACAUCUCACUGUUGAAAGAGAGCAAAACUGCUCCUAUCUUAGAGGCCGCUGCAGGAGCCAUCCAGAACCUGUGUGCGGGACGCUGGACGUAUGGGCGGUACAUUCGCUCGGCGUUGCGCCAGGAAAAAGGCCUCUCAGCCAUUGCUGACCUUCUGACCCAUGAUGAGCGUGUGGUAAAAGCUGCAUCUGGAGCCUUGCGUAACCUGGCUGUGGAUGCCCGCAACAAAGAGCUGAUAGGUAAACACGCUAUCCCCAGUUUAGUGAAAAACUUGCCAGGGGGACAGCAGAUGCCAGCCAAGAACCUCUCUGAAGAUACUGUGGUCUCUGUGCUAAAUACUAUAAAUGAAGUCAUCGUGGACAACUUGGAAGCAGCAAAGAAACUGCGGGAGACGCAAGGCAUCGAGAAACUGGUGCUGAUUAACAAAUCUGGGAAUCGCUCGGAGAGGGAAGUCAGAGCAGCUGCCCUUGUACUACAGACAAUCUGGGGAUAUAAAGAGUUGCGGAAGCCACUUGAGAAAGAAGGGUGGAAGAAGUCUGAUUUUCAGGUGCAUUUGAAUAACACCUCCAGAAGCCAGGGUGGUAAUUCCUUUGAUGACAGCACCUUGCCCCUCAUUGAUAAGAACCAAAAAGGAGACAAGAAAUCUUCUCGAGAAGAGAUUCAGAUGAGCAACAUGGGACCAGAUAACUACUCUACGCUGAAUGAGAGAGACCAUAACAGGACAUUGGACCGAUCUGGUGAAGAAAUGGAGUCUGUGAAAGGAGCACCACUGAUGCAGAAGAUCUAGACUUGCCACCACCCUGCCUUCUCUGUUUUGGUUUUAUAACAUACAAGUGUAUAACUUUGUGGUGAAAUGGACUAAUUUUUCAAAAAAUCUCUCGUUGGCACACCAGGCCAGCCAAAUGACUGGCGCCCUGAAUCCACAGGGCCUUACACCUCCAUGUAGAUGACUGCGUAUCCAAUCCUCUGGACACUUUUUUUUUGUCUUGCAAAAGCGCAGCUAUUUCUGAAGACCAAAUAUUGUCAGUGGAUCUCACUAUGGCAGACACUUAAUUGACAUGCUUCUGCUGCAUCAACCAGAAGCCGCUGAUGCAGAAGGAUCUCAGCUGAACUCUUACAUACUGGAACUAGUUUUUCUUAAGGAGCUGUCUCAGAGGAGAGCAGAGAGGCCGUCUCCUCCUUCUCUUAGCCAAUAGAAUAUAUUUUUGUGUGUGAUCAUUUUUUUCAAACAAAGGAUGCUGGGACUACUGGAACAUUCCUG